GGUCGCGCGCUCGCUGCCUCGAAGUUGGCGCGAACGAAAAUAGUUCUAGUGACAUGUUAUUUUUAAUCUGUGUGUGACUCGUUUAUGAAUCGCGCGUGACAAGUGCAAGUUUAUACACAACUUCAACAAAUCUGUGGAUUUUUUUCAUACCCCGGUAGCGGGGUACGAGAACAAGGGUCAGAUAUCCGGUGAUCAACAGUGUCAGUGAAGUGUUAGUGCGUUUGACAGCUAGUGUCAGUCGGUGACAGCGUGUUUGACAGUUGACAAAUAUGUGGGCAAGAUGAAGUUGUGGAAAAGCCUGAAGAUAUCGAUAGGCAACCGGAGUGAUCCCAAGGCGUACUCGCAAGAUCUGCCUCAGUGGGGAGGGCAGGGAUAUGAGCUGGAUGUGUUCAAAUCCCAAACAUCCCUGUCAACGGAUUCGGGCUUAUGCACGGAGCGUGGCCUGCGCAGGACACACAUAGAACUGAUCAAACCACCAGGGAAACGAAUCGGGCUUAAACUGGCAGGUCGCUCAGAGCCAGGCAUCGUGCCGUCCAUAGUGGGGUUCACCAAGGACUCGGUUGCGCAGGAGUCGGACCGGCUGGCGCCAGGAGACAGGAUCUGCAGCGUCAACGGGAUAUCCACAGCUCGGCUCACAAAUGAGGAGGUGCUGCGGCUACUGGACAAUGUGGAGGAGAGGGCCUCGCUGGAGGUGGAGUACUACAUGCCGAAUUAUGCCUCCCAAAACUCCUUGUACAUCACAACGAAGCUAGCAGAGGUGCCAGUGGAGAAGAUCAGCGGUUCCCUUGGCAUCACCAUCAGGGGUGGUCUGCCGGAGAACUCAGCACCAAGCGCAGACCUGGUCCUGAACAGCAGGUCGCUGGAUGCCCAGCCUCUGGUGGUGACCCACGUCAGGCCAGGAGGCGCGGCAUACAACACAUCUAGGAUUAAACCGGGAGACAGGCUACUGAAGGUCGACCAUAUAUCGCUGACCAACAAAACCUUAUCAGAAGUCCACCAAAUCCUCCAGAACUGUCCACAAGUGACCAGCCUAACGAUAGAGUACGAUGUCUCCAUCAUGGAGUCUGUGAAACUGGCCACUGGUCCCCUACUCAUUGAGAUUGAGAGACCCUGUAACGAAGACCUGGGUAUAUUCUUGACCAAUCAGAGAUAUUCCGACGAAGUGUACAGUUCUGGAUCGGACACUUAUCAGAGGGUUGGGAGUUGCAACGCCAUUUAUAUCGACAGCAUAUUGCCAGCCAGUAUCAGUGAUAGAUGUGGUGCUCUCCAUCCCGGAGACCAGCUCUUGGCCUUCGACGACCACGUGAUAGACGGCAACAACUACACCGCUGAAGAGGUGAUGUGCUAUUUGGAGAACUGCGAGGGAGGCUUCACGAGGCUCCAUGUGGCUCCGAGGCACGUGGUGGUGCAUGGCAGUGGCAGGUUUACAAGAGAAAACUCCAUAUCCGGCACGCUGAACCCCAAGAAACACCGGCAGCGAAACUACAGGCAAAGCUCGAUGCCCAAACUAGGCUUACAAGAUGAUUAUGACAGCCAACAAAACUACAUGAGCCUGGGCGUGUGUCGGACGGAGUCUCUGAACAUACAGCUCGAGGUGCCUCCAGGGCAGAGCAGCGGGCUGGCAGUGCAUGAGGACAAUGCUGCGCUGGUUAUAUCGCAUGUCGCUGCGCAGUCGCCGGCUUACAGAUCCGGCUGUCUACAAAUAAGGGACAGAGUUAUGUCAAUCAACGGCCAUGAAAACCUUACUGUUGAUGUUGCUAAUGAAAUUUUGCAAAGGCGGAAUGAUUCUCACAACCCAAAGUACUUGACUCUGAACGUUGAGUUCAGUAUGCCGAACACUAUAGAGGCGUCGAGUGGCGUGUUCAAUGUGAAAUUGGCGAAGACCACUGCGGGGCUCGGUGUUACUAUUACAGGUUGCAAACAAAAACUGCUCAGCAACGAAGAACCGAUGGUGAUAUCGGACAUCAAGCCAGGGUCGGUGGCGCACCGGAGCGGCGCUCUAGCACCGGGAGACCAGCUCUUAGCCAUCAAUGGUCAACCAUUACACAAUUUAUCUUUGGACACCGCCUUCAACAUCCUACAAAAUUCUCCAGAAGAUAUCAUCACGCUAAAAAUUCGGAAGCGUGACCUAACCGAAGACUGGUCUAACAUCCACAAGCAUAACGCUAAAUUGACACUACAAAGUUUUAGUAAUAUCGAAAUAAAGGCUGUCGUUCAUAGCGAGGUGGACUCUGGUCAUCACACGGAAAGUCCAAAUAAUAGUGCUAAAGAAAGCGAAAGAAGUCAUGGCAGUGAGAAUGGAAAUACAGCAGUGUUUACAGUGGAACUGAUCAAGCAAGAAAAUGGGCCUUUGGGGUUGACUAUAGCGGGGAGUGAGGAUGUUACGCAGCCAAUUUUGCUAAGCGGGCUCGUUGAAGGGGGAGUAGCAGAGAAAUGUGGCAAGCUUGCUAUGGGAGAUGAACUAUUGACAAUUAACGGUGAAAGUGUACUCAACAAACCUCUGUCAGAAGCGAUCAAGCUCCUGCAAUCGAGCGGUCAAAGGGUGCAACUGCAGCUGUGCAGGAAAGUCACAGGUUCAAUAGAGAGUGGCGAGUGCAGUGCAAGAGACUCAAGUCAUUCCACGUCAAGUCCAGGACUUUCUAACGACAGCGCUGUUGAGUCCUGGGAUCAGAACACGCCAGUCAGAACUAGCACCAAUUGUGGUAAUUCCGAAGUAAUAGAAUACGCAGUUCCAGAUAAAACUCGAAUAGCGGAAAAGCAAAUAUAUUCUCCUACAGACGAAGACAAACUCAUGGCUUCCAACUUCAACUCAGCUGCUCCGUACAGCGUCAACGAUCUACCUCUACCAAACUACUCAUUGAACAACUCGCUCAAAACGUUCCAUUACGAGAACACGUGUAUCAUUCCCGAUAGUACAUUAAAAAAUAAACAGAAUAUAACGAGAGAAGACGAUGUCCAGCAAAUAGAGAUCCUAACCUCAAACAUGAAGGAUUGUCAGCUGCAUAACAUGGAGCGAGCGUCUUGCAAAUGUGAUUAUGUGCAGAUGGGUCCUUAUGGAAUGGUCUCUCCGAAGACCAGGAGACCGAAUUGGGACAACGAUUACUUGAACAAUGGGAUAUACACGGUGACGACCCCACAAAAGUCCCCGCAUAAACCCCCCAUGCCAGGAACCAGUUUUCAGUUCUCCACCAGUCCUAUUUAUGAGAAUGAAGUCCCAGGUCUUUACAGCAGCGAAACGGUAUCGCCCGCUCGUGGUUCCGUCCAUCACGUGAUACUGUACAAAGAUGCCAUUUAUGACGACUAUGGGUUCUCUGUGUCAGACGGCUUGUACGAGAGAGGCGUGUACAUCAAUAGGAUCAGGAAAGGCGGCCCGGCUGACAUAGUCGGUCUGCUCAGGCCUUAUGAUAGGAUAUUGCAGGUGAACGGAACCAGAACAGUGGACUACGACUGCUGCCUGACGGUGCCGCUCAUAGCGUCCGCGGGCGACCGACUGGAGAUAGUCGUGCAGAGGCUGGCCACUUCCAGGGACCUGAAGAACCAAAGGCUGGACGAGUGCUCAAGCCCGAGUGACAGUAGUAUUGUGACUAAAACCAUUUAGUGCAAAACCCGCCUCUAGUGAAAUUACACCAAAGACUAUGAUACUAGCUGUAAGGACAAUCUAGAGUUGUAUUUCUAGGAAAAUCUCUGAAAAAACCGGUCAAAAGUGAACGGAUAGACACGUUUUUGAACAGAAAACUUUAAGUAUACGCAAGAAAGUAGCUUAAUUUUUAUUAUUUAAGUGAAAUAUUGUUUACUAACAUAAUGUCAACCUCGUGCAACGGGUUUAUAUUCAAAUCAAAAGUCCAGAAAAGAGAAUAGUGUUCAAUCAUUUAUUUAUCGGCUACACUGACAACACAACGAUUAUUAUGAAUUAUUAUUUAAGUGCAGGGGAAUAAUAAACUCUGUCAUUUUACAGUGAAGAUGUAUUCAGGUGUGAAUACAAAAAAAAAUUAGAAAAUAGGAUGUUUAUUUCAAACCAGGCACAUUUUAGUACUUAUUUAUUAUUAAAAUUGUGUGUUCGAUCACAUUAUCAAGUCAUAUUAAACUUUACAUAAUACCAAAGUUUCUCCAAAGAAAGAAUUUUCGGUAUUUGAAAUACCCGUUUCAACACAAUUUGCUCUACAUUACUCUGGCAAGUGUCUCAAAAAAUCAUUUUAAAAUGCUUGUGAAUUGGUAAUGUCUCUGUUCUCCAUUUUGCCUGCCAUUUUGUUAGUACGAGAGCCCACGACCAAAAUUUUUGUCUCAUAGCAAUACGGCCAAAACCGCAUCAAAUCGAUAGAUACGAUUAUCCUGAACUCGAAAAUACCAAUAUCAGACAUUUUCCGCGUAGCGUUUGAUCUAACCGAAUUUUCAAAAUUGUCAAAGAA